AUGACAGUAGACAUGUCUCCCUCACCAGAUCCGCUAGCUUUGAAUGGGAUACCAGAGAACGAUGAAAUGGGAGAUUGCAUUAUCGUCUCGAAUACUUCUCCUAAACUUGCUGCAGGACGUAAUAGUCAAGCUUCCAAUUCUAAUUCCAAUUCCACUUCCACUUCCACUUCAACGUUUACACCGACGAAAAGUCGUGUUCAGCCAGUAGUAGAGAUAGUAACACCUCGAAAGAGGAAAAAGAUGGAUAACGAGAAUGGAUCGACACCAGCCAAGAGAACUCCUACUACAGCUAUCAAAGGGUCUAAAACUCCCUCUAGAGCAAGUCCCACACCUAAUGGAAAAGUCAAAGCGACCCCACUGUCAAGCAGAAUACCUCAUCAAAUAAGUACCACACCGAGUAGGAAAUCUACGCCAACAAAUCAUGCCUCAAACUCUAGGAUAAAAGGUACACCUACAUUAGCAUCAAAUUUAUCAAAACAAUUGCCGACUCCUUCCCCCAUACUGAAUGGUUCAAGUAGAAAAAAACCUAGGAUAUCUUCACCUGAUAUAGCGAAGACGCUGACUUUCGAUGAUGAAAUAUUUGAGACACCUCUUUCUGGAUCUGGAUCAGGAUCAAUGAAAGACGAUGUCAGUAGACUUACUUUCUUAGCUAAUGAAGCUAUGAAAAGACAGAGAGAAGCUAGAAAUUUCAUUUAUAAUGGAGAAGCUAGUGCUCCGAAAUUGACUCGAUCAGGUAGAGUAGUAGGACAAGAUGUGACAGGGACUGAAAGUGAAGAAUUAGAUGAAUAUGGUGGAAAACAAGAUGAUAUAAGUAUAAAUCCAAUGGGAGUACAAGCUCCCUUAAUACCGGAUAUUGAAGUGAGGACGGAAAUGGAUCAAGAUAUACGUAUGGAUAAUGAGACUGAACAAGGACAAAUCAAUACGGGUAUAACUAUACCUAUUUCUGUGAAAUCGUAUUUGAAACAUGUACUAGGAACUAUCACUUCUCACAACAUCAAUAGAAAUCCGCCACCAUUCGCCGAAGAAAGUAAGAAUGAACCGUUAACGGGAUUAAUCAAUCUGUUAAAAGGAACUGUGGAAAGGGGCGAAGGGAACAGUGCACUUGUAGUAGGACCGAGAGGAGUAGGAAAGACAAGAACUGUCGCUCGGGCACUCAACCUCCUCCCUUCUACAUCCAAGACCUCGCCUAUCGUAGUCCAGCUGUCCGGACUCGCUCAGACCAACGAUCGUUUGGCAAUUCGGGAGAUGGGAAGACAGAUCGCUGAAGCUGAAGGUAGAAAGGCUGAAACUCAGGAAGACGAUGUAGAAGAGGAUGGCAACGAAGAGGAAUACGCCCCAACAACCCUUCCUUCUCAUCUGCUCGCCCUGCUAACUCAGCCAUCACCGAGGGCUAUUAUAAUAAUCAUCGAAGAGUUUGAUUUGUUUACGGAACAUGCUAGACAAGCUUUGCUGUAUUGUCUUUUGGAUGUGGUGCAGAGUAUCAAGACUGGACCUGUGGAGACAACUGGUAGAGGUGUGGCUGUAAUAGGUGUCACCACUCGAGUUGAUACCCUGCUUUUACUCGAAAAACGAGUCAAAUCCCGAUUCUCCCAUCGAACGUUCCGUAUACCCUCACCACUCUCGUCAGAAGGUAUGGGCUGGUUAAAGCUUCUCAAGAGUGUAUUGAUCCCACCAUACGAAACAUCUAUGGGUGCAGAAGGUAAAAUAUGGUAUGAAGACUGGCAGUUUGCUGUGGAAAUGUUAUUAGGAGAAGAGCGAAUCAAAAGGAAUCUGGAUCGAUUGGUAGGACUGACUACUGAUGUCAGGACUCUAUAUCGGCCAUUCAUCCUCCCGAUUAAUGAAGUUCUCAGUUCUCGAUGCGAUUUCCUCUCCGUACCCGUUAUAGCAAAUAGUGUUCUUGCUCAAGUCGAUAAUGCGGGCUGGGGACUUCAAUUGACAAAGUUACGAGGUCUACCUCACCCUGCUUUUGGAGUGUUGAUUAUAGCGAAACAUCUAUGUUAUGCCGGAAGAGAGGAAUUCAAUUUCGCUCAAGUCGAAGAGGAAUACCUUCGAUUCUCAAGGACAAAAUUAGUUGGUAGUGGAAAAGUCCGAUGGCCAAUCGGCAUAUUGAGAUCCGCGUUUGACCAAUUGUUGAAAUUAUCAUUGUUGGUUCCAGCAAGUAACAUAAGCGUGAAACCACAAUUCACAAAAGUUAGAUGUACAUUAUCACCUCAUGAGAUUGUAGGUUGGUUCAAAGGUGAAGGAGCGAAUAUACUUGGCCCGGAAUUAGGUAAUUGGGGUCGAAUGAUGGGUGGUCAUGCGUGA